GAGGCCCCGCCCCUUCCGUAGAUAUCUCUAGAAAGCCGCGCAGGAGCCCGACAACAAAGAGUGCGCAGGCGCGGCGGCAGGGCCCGGGCAUUUUGCUGCGUCACCAGCCGCCGCCCGGCCUCACCAGCCCUCGCUCUCACGCACGCACGUUCGUUCUCCAUCCUCGCGCCCCUUUUCCUACACUUUCCUCCUCUCCCCGACCGGAGGAGCCGCUCUCUCCGCGCGGUGCAUUCUGGGGACCAGGUCGAGCCCGCCGCUGCCGCCGUCGCUGAGGGAAGCGAGUAGAGGCCGCACCGCGGAGAAAACGUCGGAGUCGCCACCGGAGUUUAGUCCACUGCCCAGCAGCUGCCGCCGGAGAGGCCCACCCACCCAUUCACCCGUCCCCCUGCCCCGUUCACGAUGCAGCCUGCUUCUGCAAAGUGGUACGAUCGAAGGGACUAUGUCUUCAUUGAAUUUUGUGUUGAAGACAGUAAAGAUGUUAAUGUAAAUUUUGAAAAAUCCAAACUUACAUUCAGUUGUCUUGGAGGAAGUGAUAAUUUUAAACAUUUAAAUGAAAUUGAUCUUUUUCACUGUAUUGAUCCAAAUGAUUCCAAGCAUAAAAGAACAGACAGAUCAAUUUUAUGUUGUUUACGAAAAGGAGAAUCUGGCCAGUCAUGGCCAAGAUUAACAAAAGAAAGGGCAAAGCUUAAUUGGCUUAGUGUGGACUUCAAUAAUUGGAAAGACUGGGAAGAUGAUUCAGAUGAAGACAUGUCUAAUUUUGAUCGUUUCUCUGAGAUGAUGAACAACAUGGGUGGUGAUGAGGAUGUAGAUUUACCGGAAGUAGAUGGAGCAGAUGAUGAUUCACAAGACAGUGAUGAUGAAAAAAUGCCAGAUCUGGAAUAAGGAAUGUUGUCGUCCCUGGAUUUUGAGAAAGAAAAAUAACUUCUCUGCAAGAUUUCAUAAUUGAGAGAAUUCCUGAGUUGAUAGCUCUAAAGGCAGAUGCUGCAUUUGCCUCCUUUAACCCAUUUUUCAACCUGUUUGUUUUCUUAAAGGCUUCACUAAGGGUUGAUAUGUACCAUUGUAUGGGGCAAUUUUAAGUCAGCUAAGGCAAUAACCUUAUGCAUGAACAUUUCCCAGACUUCCAUGGCGCUGUUGAGGUCCUAGACAAUUGAUACAGCAGUUGUGAUAAAUAAAAACAUUUCACCUAAGUCUCCUUUACUUCAUAACAUAGAUACUGACAUGAUAGGAAGCUCUUGGAUUAUGGAAAGAUAACUAAGUUUUAGAUUUUAGAACAUGAACUCAACCUGGCUGAAACAAAUGGAUUGAUACCUUAAACUGGUAACCUGUUGUUCCUCUGGUAUAUUCUUCAGGAUUGUUCCACUAAAGUUUUAUUUUUCAAAAAAUUUACUUCACAUUAUUGUACAUAAGUGAUCACUUGUCAGUGUUCCAAAUGUAUUUUAGCUAAAACUAGUGAAUGCCCCUUAGAUGGUUUUUGAAGCCUGUACAUUUGGUAUUGUUUGACCCUUAAACUUUUACAUCUCUUAGCAUGGAGGACAAAGAAAGGCUGUACAUUGUUGCUUGAGAGUCUGUACAUUUAGACCAAAUUUGUAUUUGCACUGUCAGUGGCAAAUGAGUGAAAAAAUGGUAUUAAUACACUAUUGGGGUUUUUUUAUUUCUUUUUUUUUUUUUGAUCCAGCUUGUACCAGGGCUGAAAACCUCAAUUUAUGUUCAUGACAGUGGGAUUUUUUUUAAUGUCUACAUUCUUUCUAAUAAACUGUUGGAAGACUUCUUGGUUGUCCUUUUAAGUGUCUGGUUUACUGUAAUUUUAUGUAUUACUAUUUACUGGAAUGGAGUUACUUUUACUUGAGGAAGAAUUUGGGGAUAUUUCUCUGUUUGGAAAAAAAAAGGCUUGCUAUAUAAUGUCACAGGAAACCUUUUAAAAGUGGAUCUGUAAUAGCAAAUUGUAGAUGCACUUUUCAGUAGUUGGAAAAGAAAGUGUUGUGAUUUGAUUGAAAUAAAACUAAAUGUGUUGUCCUCCUAAA